GGCGAAGACUACAGAAAAGACCCACGGACGGGUGAGAUGGUCCUCCUGGCAGAUAUGAUGAAAGGCAACAAAAGAGAUUUACCUGAUAACAUACAAGCUGCACCUGGAGUGCGUGUUAUGAUUAUUAGAAAUUUGGAUGUUGAAGAUGGGCUUGUUAAUGGGACAUUUGGAACAAUCACGAACAUUGUGACAACCACACAGGAUGGACCAAAAACUGUGAAUCUCAUUGGACUUACGCUGGACAAUCAAAAUUCUGGGCAAAAAUUUCGCAAAAAAAUACAAGGAUCCUCAGACAACCUCGUAUAUAUUGAGAAAUGUGAAGAAUCUACAAGUAAAAAAGGAGUUCUUCGCAGGCAAUUUCCAAUGAAGUUGGCCUUUGCAUGUACAGCUCACAAAGUACAAGGCAUGACAAUGGAGUCAGCAGUAGUAUGUUUGAAGCGUGUUUUUGAGCCUGGAAUGGCCUAUGUCGCACUCAGCCGCACAACCUCACUUAAAGGACUGUACAUCACAGACUUUGAUGAAAGGAAAAUCUAUGCUGAUCCUGCCAUCACAGAUGCACUCAAAAAUAUGAGACAUGCAUCAUUUGAGAAUGCAAGACCACUGUUGCAAUUCUUAAAAUCAGUUGUUCCCACAGUCCCCACAUUGACAAUUAUCCAUCACAAUGCACAAGGUCUCCCAACUCACAUGGAGGACAUGAGAUGCCACCAUGAACUCAGCCUUGCUGAUGUUUUAUGCAUAACAGAAACUCACUUGUCUGGAUCAUCAGUUUCUCCCCGCUUCCAGCUGGAACAGUACAACAUGGCCACACGCAACAGACACGUCUCUUACACAAACCAUACAGACAUGGCAAAGGUAAAUGGCGGUGGAGUUGCAAUGUACUACAAAACAGUUCUUAUAGCAGAGUCUCGAAAAUACCUGCAAAAUGUGACUGACCUUGAAUUUGUUGUUAUCAAGGUUGAAUCGCCAGUCACAGCUUUGAUAGCAACUGUAUACAGGCCACCAAAUUACAGCCACGUGAGGUUUUUACCACAAAUGCAAUGUCUUUUGGACUCAUUGGAAAUGAUGAAUUGCCAACCAAUUAUUGUUUGUGGAGAUUUCAAUGAGGACCUUAUGAGCAGAGGAAAAAAACCCAUCCAAGAACUGUUUCAGUCAAGAGGAUAUGCACAACUUAUUACUGCUGCAACUACCGAAAAACACAUUGAUUGAUCACCUUUACAUAUCACAGCCAUACGCCUGCCUCCAAUCAGGUGUUCUGAAUACAUAUCACAGUUAUCACAACCCCAUUUAUUGUGUAAUUCACUAACACAAAAUGACUGCAAGGUUGUGAGGGAUAUGGACUUGCCAAGUGAUCUUAGUGUCUUUGCAACUGAGCACACUCUACCACCAACAAGGACAGCUCACCAGUGGGAGCUGAUACAUAAGACUGCUCUCAUCCAUUGAAGAGCUGACCAGAAACGUGAACAGAGAGACUGCAACUGCACUUGAUGGGAUCCCUGCCAUAACAGAUGUGUUCUGUCCAGUGAAGGCAGUGGAGAAGCCCUACACUGAUCUUGAAACUGUGCCACGCUAGUAGAGACCGGCUACAAGGAUGGGCAGCUGUUUUCGCAAAGUCAG